GCGGCGGGAGACGCAGGGUGGCCCAGCGGCUUUUGAAGACGCCGCGGCUCCCCCCCACCCCCACCCCCGGGGGAUGCGGCCCGAGGGCGGGGCCCCCUGAGCGCUGGGCAGGGCCUGCGCCCGGGCGGCCGCCGGGGAGGAUGCGGCCCCGCGGCGGGAGGAGUCCCGGCGCCCAGCGCGCGCUCCGGCCGGCUCGCUCUCCCCGGCAGAUCCCGCAGGGGCGGAUCGGGCCUGGGACCCGGCGGCCCCGCGGCCGAAAUGACCACCCUUCCAAGAUGGCGACUCCCGUAGAGACACUCCCGAGGGGACAGCCAUGUUAGUUGCCUGACAAAGUCACUAAAGAACACUUGAAAGCCCGCCUCUCCUCCGACACGCGCACACGCACUGGCACCUCGCGAGUGCACCCCGUGGGGUUGCGGGCUGCCGGCCGCUCCCAAGCUGACACUGAGCAUGUGCACGGGGAAGUCCAGACACGGAAGAGUCCCUCAGAGGGUUUCUUGGAGUCUCUGAGGAGCCCCUGGGCCAGACCCCUCAGUGAAGGCUGCAGGACCCACCUCCCGGCCCCAGCAGCUCUGAUUGAGUCCACACGUGUCUACCUGACUUCAAGCUCCUGGGAAGAGUGGAGUCGUCAGCAAGAGAGCCUGAGAGCUGAGGCCCGGCGGGAACAUGCCAGCUGACCAGAGUUCUCCCCGGUGGUCCUCGGUCCUGGCUCCAGAGGGACAUGGCAGCUCAUGUGAGGUCUCCGUGUCAUUCGAGGAUGUGACCGUGAACUUCAGCAGGGAAGAGUGGCAGCAUUUGGACCCUGCUCAGAGACGCCUGUACCGGGAUGUGACACUGGAGAACUACAGCCACCUGCGCUCAGUGGGGUACCAGGUUCCCAAACCAGAGGUCAUCUUCAAAUUGGAGCAAGGAGAGGGGCCAUGGACAUUGGAGGGAGAAACCCCACAUCAGAGCUUUUCAGGUGAGGAUAUUGGGAAAGUACAACAACAGAGAAUUUCUGGAAAAGUUCCACUCCCCUGUGAGAAAUUUGGUCAAUCUAUGAGAAAAGCUCCAUUGUGUUCCAUUUUAGAAGAAUUGUGGCAAAAUAAUAGCGAGCUAGAGAGAUAUCCAGGAAGCCAAAAUAACCCUUUAAGUCCUGUGAAAGUGCUGAGCUGUGAAUGUAAAAAUAUUGAAAAAAUAAUUCACGUGAGUUCCAAGCUUGUUCCUUCAAUUAAAAGACUCCAUAACUAUGACACAUUUGGAAAGAGUUUGAAGCACACUUUAAACUUACAUAACCAUAAUAAAAGCAAUUCAACAAAGAACCUUGAUAAGAUUUUUGGAAAUGAUAACAAUUUUGCCCACAGCUCUUCCUCCCCCGAGAAUGCUGCCACAGGGGCAAAUGCCUGCAAAAUUAGUCAAUGUGAAAAGCAUCUUGGCAACAAACAAGUUCUCAUCCCCCAGCAGCAAAUUCAGACCAGGGAGCAACUUUAUGUUUGUACUGAGUGUGUAAAGAGCUUCCCCCAGAAGUCACAUCUCUUUGAGCAUCAGAGAAUGCAUGCUGAGGGAAAAUCCCAUGAAUGCAAUAAAAGUGAGAACGCCCUCACUCAGAAGCCACAGAUUAAUGGACCUCAAAGUGUUUAUACAGGGGAUAAACCCUAUAUAUGUACUCAGUGUGGGAAGGCCUUUACUCUCAAGUCAAACCUCAUUACACAUCAGAAAAUUCAUACUGGGCAGAAACCGUAUAAGUGCAGUGAGUGUGGAAAAGCCUUUUUCCACAGAUCGUAUCUCUUUAGACAUAUGAGAAUUCAUACAGGAGAAAAACCCUAUGAAUGUAGUGAAUGUGGAAGAGGCUUCUCCCAGAAUUCAGACCUUAAUAUACAUCAGAAGACUCAUACUGGAGAGAAACACUAUGCGUGCAGUGAAUGUGGGAAAGCCUUUACAAGAAAGUCCGCGCUCAGAAUGCAUCAGAGAAUCCACACAGGAGAGAAACCUUAUGUAUGCACUGAAUGUGGGAAGGCUUUCAUCCAGAAAUCACAUUUCAAUACACAUCAGAGAAUCCAUACCGGUGAAAAACCUUAUGAAUGCAGUGAGUGUGGAAAAUCAUUCACUAAGAAGUCACAACUCCAUGUGCAUCAAAGAAUUCACACAGGAGAAAAACCCUAUAUAUGUACAGAAUGCGGAAAGGUCUUUACUCAUAGGACAAACCUCACUACACAUCAGAAGACUCAUACUGGAGAGAAACCCUACAUGUGUGCUGAAUGCGGAAAGGCUUUCAGUGACCAGUCAAAUCUCAUUAAACACCAGAAAACUCACACUGGAGAGAAACCCUAUAAAUGCAAUGGCUGUGGAAAAGCCUUUAUAUGGAAGUCACGCCUCAAAAUACAUCAGAAGUCUCAUAUCGGAGAGAGACACUAUGAAUGCAAUGAAUGUGGGAAAGCCUUUAUCCAGAAAUCAACACUAAGUGUGCAUCAGAGAAUCCACACAGGAGAGAAACCCUACGUUUGUCCUGAGUGUGGGAAGGCCUUCAUCCAGAAAUCACACUUCAUUGCACAUCACAGAAUUCAUACUGGAGAGAAGCCUUAUGAAUGCAGUGACUGUGGGAAGUGCUUUACUAAGAAGUCACAACUCCGUGUGCAUCAGAAAAUUCACACAGGGGAGAAGCCCAACAUAUGCGCUGAAUGUGGGAAGGCCUUCACCGACAGGUCAAAUCUGAUAACACACCAGAAAAUCCAUACCCGAGAGAAACCCUAUAAGUGCGGUGACUGUGGGAAAACCUUCACCUGGAAGUCCCGCCUCACCAUCCAUCAGAAAUCUCACACUGGAGAAAGGCACUAUGAAUGCAGUAAAUGUGGGAAAGCCUUCAUCCAGAAAGCAACGUUGAGCAUGCAUCAGAUCAUUCAUACAGGAAAGAAACCCUACGCUUGUACAGAAUGUCAGAAGGCCUUCACCGACAGAUCAAACCUCAUUAAACACCAGAAAACGCACAGUGGAGAAAAGCUAUAAAGGCACUGACGGCAAACGCCUUCAGCUGGACCUCACAACUCGGUACGCGUCAGAUGUCUCAUAGACGGGAAGAGGAGUGACCGUGACACUACAGCUUCCGUGAACAGAAGGCAAGCAAAGCCAAGUACCCUUCAGUCAACGGGAAGUACAAGUACCUGCAUCGCUGCAAGCUGACGCGCAAUUAGACGCGUAGGGAGACGCUUUGAUAAAGCAUUUGAGCAAUAGUCCUAUUUGGGUGCAUGAUUCAUCCACAGACCCUCAAGCUCCUACAAGCGGUACAAAUAGAGACCCCAGGAGAUGACUUGGAACCUGUUAUGUUUCACUUUUUGGAUGAAGGACUUGAUAAAUUCGGCACUGAUGAGUUCUUCGUCCCCCGGGGUGUAAAAGUACUCGAUAUUGACCACUUCUUUUUCAGAUUCCUAGGGCGGGGAGAAGAGUUUUUAGAGCACCAAGGUCAAGGCAGAAAACUAUUUGGGAACGCAGGUCUGUGAGUAGAAGCCACAAGUUUUUGUGAUCGUUGACAUUUAAGACACACAAAAAAGAUUGCCAUGAGGAACUGUUUGUCUCUUCCCUUCACCAUAGAAUUUAAAAAAUGUAAUAUUUAAAAAAAUUUUUUUAAUGUUUAUUUAUUUGUGAGGCGGGGGAGGGGCAGAGAGAGAGGGAG